GCUCUGACAAUCACAGUGAACAGCUGGAGCACAACGUGUCCGGAGAACCAGACGCCAGAUGCGCUUUUACGCACGAAUAGUUACCUCUGGUUUUUACGCACGGCGAACUUAACUUGCCUCUUUGGCACAGUUGAGGAUUUCUCUACGCGUCUGUGAACAUUGUACGUGUGACCAUGACUCUCUCCACUGAAAUUGAAGCUUCGCAACACGUCGCCCUGCCUCUGGAGAAGGAUGAGAUCGACAUAGUGGGCGAGGAUAAACCCACACACGGGCGUUUCUAUGGAAACGAGUGCUCUACAGACGCCGGCUCCUCAGCAGAAUCGGGUGCUGAAUUCGACUCAUCAGGCGCUGACUCGUCAGGGGAAAGUGAGAACAAUUUCUGCGCAGACGCACAGCCGUCCAGAAAAGUCCAGAGCAGCUCGGUGAAGCCUCCCUACUCCUACAUUGCCCUCAUCACCAUGGCCAUCCUGCAGAGUCCGCAGAAGAAGCUGACUCUGAGCGGCAUCUGUGACUUCAUCAGCGACAAAUUCCCCUAUUACAGAGACAAGUUCCCCGCCUGGCAGAACUCCAUCAGGCACAACCUCUCUCUCAACGACUGCUUCAUCAAGAUCCCAAGGGAGCCUGGGAACCCGGGCAAAGGCAACUACUGGUCUCUGGACCCAGCUUCAGAAGACAUGUUCGACAACGGCAGCUUCCUGCGCCGGAGAAAGCGCUUUAAAAGAAACCAGCCCGAGUUUGGCAAAGACGGACUUGUGUUUUACUCCGGGGUGAACUUCCAUCGGCCUUACGGGCAACCAUAUUGUGUACAGGGCCAGGUUAGCUCCCCACCAACCGCUGCUCUCCGGUACAUGCCCCUGCAGGAGGGGAUCAUGAUACCUCCCUCUAACUAUCACCUUCUGCCUCUGAACAACCAGGGGAAGAGCAGCGGCGCUCAAGAUUUCAGAGCGCAGCUUUGCGCGUCAGAGCCCGUUGUGCCAAAGCCCGUGCCAAAGCCUGGCCCUUUAAAGUGCUCCUUUAGCAUCGACAGCAUCAUCAGCAAACCCUCACCCUUCAGCCCACAGAGCCCAAACCCACACAGCGCUCUGUUCUAUGGUCACCUCGUGUCCGGUUCUGCUGCCGGUUUGAUUCCGACGCUUGUUCAGCCUCCCAGGACUCCAUUCUGCCCGCCGGCCAUGCUCAACACCUCUGCCCUCAUAAACGAGCGCCUCAGACUCUCCUAUUCUCGCUGCUGAAGCCUCUGGCCUUAAGAAACUUGACAGUGUUUGUAUGUUUACACGUUGGGCUAUAGUUCAUUUCUUAAAGAAAUGCUUUACAUUGCAUGAUAUUUAUGUGAGUUGACAUUCAAAGUGAUGUCUGAAAAAGAUUCCAUUGUAAAUAAGAUAAGUGGUAAUAUAUUUGUGCAACACGCUGCAGAGGGAACUCGACCUUUAUGAAUGUUUUUGUUUUGUUUUGUUAUUAAGCUGUGAAAAUAAAUGUCUAAAAAUGA